GGGCCGGACAAGUCGCUGGCCCUUAGCGCGGCGUUCGCGGAGAAAAUGGAAGCUUUAGGGGCUUGCCGGCUUCGGGGGCGGGGAAGCAGCGUAGCUGCAUUCCCCGCCCCGAGACCAGGAGGGAGCGCCGGCAGUCCUCCUUUCUCUGUCUCUUGCACUGGGCUGAGCCCGGAGCCGAGAGCGGGAGUCGGCUCUGAGUUCCCUGCUUGGUUUUUGGGUGGCAGCAGCCGGAGGAGGAACAUGGCGCUCGCAGGCAGCCAAGCGGAGCUGAAAGCGGACGAGGACAUUUUUGAAGAUGCCUUGGAAACCAUCUCAAUAUCUUCUCACUCAGAUAUGGCGACAAGCAGCCUUCACUUUGCGUCAUGUGAUAAGCAGGCACCCAGACAGCGCGGAGCAUCUACUGUGAGCAGCUCAUCAUCAUCCAAGGUGGAUCUCAAGAGUGGCCUCGAAGAAUGUGCUGUGGCAUUGAACUUAUUUCUAAGUAACAAAUUUACAGAUGCCUUAGAAUUGCUUCGCCCCUGGGCUAAGGAGAGUAUGUACCAUGCCUUGGGCUACAGUACCAUUGUGGUGUUGCAGGCUGUCCUGACCUUCGAGCAACAGGACAUCCAAAACGGCAUUUCUGCCAUGAAGGACGCUUUACAAACCUGCCAAAAAUACAGGAAAAAAUACACAGUUGUAGACACUUUCUCAAGUCUUCUUUCUAGAGGAUCACUGGAGCAACUGAGUGAAGAGGAAAUGCAUGCUGAAAUCUGUUAUGCCGAGUGUCUCCUACAGAAAGCAGCACUCACGUUUGUGCAGGAUGAAAAUAUGAUCAACUUCAUCAAAGGCGGACUCAAAAUUAGAACAAGUUACCAAAUAUAUAAAGAAUGUCUUUCUAUCCUGCACGAAAUUCAGAAGAACAAACUUCAGCAGGAAUUCUUCUAUGAGUUUGAAGGGGGUGUCAAGCUUGGCACUGGGGCCUUUAAUUUGAUGCUGUCCCUUUUACCAGCAAGGAUUAUCAGACUACUGGAAUUUAUUGGAUUUUCUGGAAACAGGGAGCUGGGCCUCCUGCACUUACGGGAAGGUGCUUCAGGAAGAAGCAUGAGGUCUGUAUUGUGCUGCUUAACCAUCCUCGCUUUUCACACCUACGUCUCCUUAAUACUCGGUACAGGAGAAGUGAAUAUUGCCGAAGCAGAGCGUCUCCUGGCACCCUUCCUCCAGGAGUUUCCAAAUGGCUCACUCAUGUUGUUUUAUCAUGCCCGAAUAGAGUUGCUGAAAGGGAAUCUUGAAGAGGCACAAGAAGUAUUUCAAAAAUGUGUUUCAGUUCAAGAAGAAUGGAAACAGAUUCACCAUCUCUGCUACUGGGAGCUAAUGUGGAUUAAUGUUUUCCAACAAGACUGGAUGCAGGCUUAUUACUAUUCAGAUCUGCUUUGCAAAGAGAGUAAAUGGUCCAAGGCAACUUAUGUGUUCUUGAAAGCUGCAAUUUUAAGCAUGGUUCCAGAGGAGGAUGUGGCAGCAACUAAUGAGAACGUUGUAACUUUAUUCAGACAGGUGGAGAGCUUGAAACAGAGAAUUGCUGGGAAAUCUCUCCCUACUGAGAAGUUUGCUGUGAGGAAGGCUCGCCGUUACUCCGCUUCCUUGCCUGCACCUGUGAAGCUCGUCCUACCUGCCCUGGAAAUGAUGUAUGUCUGGAAUGGUUUUUCAGUAGUGAGCAAAAGGAAAGACCUUUCUGAAAAUCUGUUGGUAACUGUCGAAAAAGCUGAGGCAGCUUUACAAAAUCAAAAUUUUAACAGCUUCUCUGUGGAUGAUGAGUGCUUAGUGAAGUUACUGAAAGGAUGUUGCCUCAAGAACUUACAGCGGCCCUUGCAAGCUGAACUAUGUUACAAUCACAUUUUGGAAAGUGAAAAGCUACUGAAGUAUGACCACUACCUAGUGCCAUUCACUCUGUUUGAAUUGGCAUUUUUAUAUAAAAGCCAAGGGGAAAUUGACAAGGCCAUAAAGUUCCUAGAAACUGCAAGGAACAACUACAAAGAUUACUCCUUGGAGUCCAGACUACACUUCAGAAUUCAGGCAGCUCUUCACCUCUGGAGAAAACCUUCCUCAGAUUGAUCAGAACUUGAAGGAUAGAAUUUUCCCUCAAUUAGCAUCAGCAUCUGCUAUAGAAUAAACCUUAUAUUAAAGUUGAAACGUGAUCUUGUGAAUAAGAACAAAAAAAAUGUUAUUGUUAAUAUUUUCUAUCAUCUGAGAGGUUUACUGUUGGUCUACACAAUUUUUUUUUCCUAUGGAAUGGCAUUCUAUAUUAUCUAGAAAAUUCUUAUAUUUUGCCUCCCCCAAAAUAAUUUCAUAUUAGAUUUGAAUUGGGGUAAAGAAGCCUUUUAAAAGACUUGCAAAUGCAAUAGUCUAAUUAGAUUAUUUAUUUUUUUAAUGUGGAAAUUAAUAUUGUUUAGCAACUAGCUUACAAGUUGAGCCAAUUAUAGAAUUGUUGGGUAGUUAAACUUCAGAGAUAUUUUGUUGCCUAGUACUUAAAUUUCAGAAGGUAGAUAAGUAUCACAUUUAAAAUAGUUUAACAAUGACCUUCAAAAGACUUGUGAAAAAGACAGUCUGAGAACAUGAACACAGAUGGGCUAUAAAGUACUUCAUAGGUUGAAAAGACCUGCAUCUAUAAAGGAUGAUGCAGUAUUCAGUUCCUGGUUUUUUACUCUUCAUUUGAAUAAAUGGUGGUGACAUUUUGGAGAGACUGGGUUUAAAUGUACUUAAGUCUAUUAUAAUAACAAAAUUCAAAACCUCCUGUGUAUUUAAAGGGAAGAAAGUAUCAUAUUUUAGGAAUUUUUCUUAACCUUAGCAAUGAGAACCUAAAAUACAUAUAUAGGUUAUUUUUCUUAUAGGUAGUAAAAUUCCUGCUGCUUUAAAUGAUAUGUAAAAUAUCAGUAAUUUUUACACUUAAGAUGUUGGCAAGACCUAAUUUUCUAAUCUCUCUAGCACUGUGAUGUCUCCUUGUAGAUAUCUGGACCUCACUUAGUUCUUGGGAAACAGAUUCAGGGCAUGGAGCAGAAGAGAGCUUGACACCCCAUAUGGUCCUUGUUCUGCUCCUCUAUUAGCAGUUAGUGAGGUGACCUUUAGCGAGUCCACUGUGCCCUGUGUGUCACCAUAUUUUCUUCUGUGAAAUCUAAAUUAAAGAACAGAUGACUUUCAAGAUCUC